AUGGACUCGUCCGAAUUCCGCGCCGCCGCCCAAGAGGUCGUGGACGACAUCACAAAGUACUAUGACACAGUCGCUUCCCAGCCCAAGGUCCUGCCUUCCGUGACGCCGGGCUACCUCCGCCCGCUCCUCCCGGCUUCGGCCCCCGAGGACCCGGAGUCUUGGCAGGCCAUCCACGCCGACCUCCAGUCGCACAUCGUCCCCGGCAUAACCCACUGGCAGUCCCCCUCGUUUCACGCCUUCUUCCCCUGCUCCUCCUCCUACCCGGCUAUGCUCGCCGAGCUCUACUCCAACGCCUUCAAUGGCGCCCACUUCAACUGGAUCUGCUCCCCGGCCGUCACCGAACUAGAGACCAUCGUCCUCGACUGGCUCGCCCGCCUCCUGGCCCUGCCGGAAUGCUUCCUCUCCACCGCGCCCACCCGCGGCGGCGGCGUCCUCCACGGCACAGCCUCCGAGGCCAUCCUCACCGUCAUGGUCGCCGCGCGCGACAAGUUCCUCCGCAACGCCACCGCCCACCUCCCCGCCGACUCGGAGGAGAAGGAAGAGGAGACCUGGCGCCUGCGCUCCAAGCUCGUCGCUCUCGGCAGCGAGAUGGCUCACUCCUCCACGAAAAAAGCCGCGCAGAUCCUCGGCGUCCGCUUCGCCACCACGGGCUACGCAAUGUCCGGCGCCGCCCUCGCCUCCACCGUCGCGGCCCUCCGCGCCAAGGGGCUCGAGCCUUUCUACCUCACCGCGACCCUGGGGACCACGGACACCUGCGCCAUCGACGACUUCCCCGGCAUCCGCGACGCGCUGUCGUCCGACGAGCGGGACAGGAUCUGGGUCCACGUGGACGCGGCGUACGCCGGCUCGGCGCUCAUGCUCCCCGAGAACGCGCACCACACCGCCCCGUUCGCGGCGUUCCACUCCUUCAACGUGAACCCGCACAAGUGGAUGCUCACAAACUUUGACUGCUCGGCCCUCUGGGUGCGCGACCGCGCGUGGCUCGUCGAGUCGUUGAGCAUCAAGCCGGCGUACCUGCGCAACCAGUUCUCCGAGGCCGGCCUGGUGACGGACUACCGCGACUGGCAGAUCCCGCUCGGCAGGCGGUUCCGCAGUUUGAAGCUCUGGUUCGUGCUGCGGGCGUACGGCGCCAGCGGCAUCCGGGCGCACCUCCGGCGGGGCAUCGACCUCGGGGUGAGGUUUGCGGAAAUGGUCAGGUCAAGAGAGGAUCUCUUUGAGAUCAUCACGGGGCCGAGGUUCGCACUGGUGGUGUUCACGUGUAAGGGGUCGAGCCGGGAGGACAGCAACAAGGUAACGGAGGCGGUGUUGGAGGCCAUAAACGGCGAGGGCGUGAUUUACCUCACACCGACGACGUUGCAUGGGACGUAUGGCAUCCGUAUGUGCACGGGCAGUAGCCAGGUCAUCGAGGAGGAGCAUGUCAAGAAGGCAUUUGAUAUCUUGGUCUCGGCGACGGAGAAGGCGCUGGCGGAGCGGAAGUAG